AUGGAAUCCAUCAUUCACAAAUUGAAAAUGAAGCUUAGUGCAAACAUCAUUUUUCCUAUUUGGAUAUUUCUGGGAAUGGCCUUCGCUUCACCCACUCUUCAGAUCGAGCCUCGGCACAUUCCCUAUGGCAUGGAUGAAUUUCGACCCUUUCUUGUCAGAAAUUCCACCGACGUGCUGCCUUUGUCAAAAAAUCUAACCCAAAUUCAACGACUUCGAUGGGCCGAUAAAUGUGUGCAGUUCAGGCAUAAGUGCUCUUUGGCAGAGCACUGUUGCAGUCUAAAAUGCUUAAAGAGACUUUAUCGCUGCAUUAUUUAGUUCCGAAAAGUAAUAAAAUUACAAUGUAAUUUAAUAUGUCAAUAGCUCACUUAAAUAAAAAUGUUAUUUAAAAAAAA